UCUCCGAGUUUCCUCUGAGCCCGAUCACUUCUCUGGAAACGUUUGCAUGCAAACAAAGGAAUAAUGAGUUGAGGUUUUGUGGUUUCUUGUUGCACGGUGGUGUACAAAUUUGAACAUUGCAAGCCCAUAAAUCGCCGUGCGCUGGCACGUUCUAAAUGGAUUGGAACGCUGAUGAAGUUGCUCAUUGGUUAAAAGAAAUAGGGCUUCCAAAGUAUGCGAAAAGAUUUAAAGGAUAUCUUGUCAAUGGAGCUGUUUUACUCCAAAUGGAUGAUAAUCUUCUUGAUGACCUAGAGAUCACAAAUGUUAAGGACAGGGAAAUUCUCCUGAAAGAAUCCUCCAAGCUUGCCUCAAUAAAAAUAAAACCAGCGCCCAAUGGAAGAGACUAUACAAAACGGACAAAAACCUUAUGGACUCCUCGUAUUACUGUGAGCAAUUUUGAUGACAAUGAAAGUGAACAAAGAUUUAUUGUUGUGUAUGACGGCGAUGAGCGAAGAGACGGUAAUGGAUGCAGAACGAAUGAAGAACUGUUGAAUCAAAGAGUUAUAAACUUCAAGCAUAGAGAUGAAGAAGAAUCAGUAGGUGAUGAUGGCUCUGACGGAAAUUUUAGUUACAAAGACAGUGACAAGCGAUACGGUUUUGAUAUACCUGAUAAAGAUCCAGACAGACCAGUUGAUUCGACGCCAACAGCAUCAGCAGUUGCCACAAGAGCCACUCAAAUGGUUGAAUUGUUAUCACGUGAUAAUGUUGCAUUACGAGAAAAACUGCAAAGCGUUUACCAUAAGAUGAGUAGAAUGCAAACGGUUGAAGAUGAACUUGAGAGCUUGCGCACUGCAUACGAGGAACUACAAAUAUCGUUUAAGAAACGUGAAAACCUGGAAUACAGAACAAGAACACGGAUGGAAACGGAGAUGAAGGAACUUCGAGAAAGAGACAGGAAUCUUGAAGCUGAACUAGAGAAAUGUAAAGAUGAAGUCGAACAAGGAAAGAAUUCAUUGGAGAACUUCAAGAGGGAACUUAGGCUCAAAAAUGACAUCAUACGACAACUCAUCGGUCAAAGUAACCUCUUUAUUUCAACGCGAGAAGAGCUGGAACAUACAAUAAACCGACAGAACACACAAAUUGAAGAACUGGAGAGAGAUAAAGAUCUACUGAGUUCAUCGCUAGCACAAAGUCGAGAGAGAAUAACAUGUCUCCAAAAUGAGCUCGAGGAAAAGUUGCACAAGAAUCACGUAAGCCCCACAGGGACGGUACAUGGUCUGCGCAUGAUGGAAAGUAACCCUGUUGACGAGAGGUUGUGCUCAACAACUGCUGAUGAAAUAGGAACACAUCACCGGCAUUCAAUCUCAGCUGAAGAAGUUAUAGCAGAGUUAGAUGGACCUACAUCUAUCCCUGGGUUACUUGAAAUGUUGAGAGAAAAAAACGAAAGGAUUCAAGUGCUGGAAGAUAAUCUAUCACGGCUUGAACAAACGUUAAUGCAGGAAGGUACAUCAAGGAGCUUGGCCAUAAAAGCUGUCUCUGUCCCAAAGGAAGCACGGAUAGCGGCAUUGGAAAAAUCCAUCCAGGAACGUGAAAAGAUUAUUGCUGAAUGUAGAGCGGAAAAUUUAAAAUCCGUUGAAGAACUAUACGUGGCCAACAGGCGCUGUGCUGAUUUAGAAUCUAUAAUAAAAUCCCUUCACUCGCAGUUGGCGGAGAAGACAGCAACAAUUAGAGUUCUUCAAAAUAAUAACAACGAUGAACUGAGUGAGCCUGAAUGGCCACUAGACCCAGCCUACUGUCGGACAGACUUCGCUCAAAUGAGGGAACUGGCGCGAGAUUCUUAUGCAGAGUCACUUGAUUCCGGAAUGUCACUAACUAAUGCACUAGAUGCGAGACAAACAGAUCCUGAAUUCAAGACAAUGGACGAACCAGACGAGCUAUCAGUUCACUUUUGGUCUGUGUAACAAUUACGAUUCGGAAAGGUCAUACAGACUUCAUCCAAGUGUCGUCUCGGAUAUUCGGAUCAGAAUAUUAUUUAUUACGAACUUCCUUUGAAAUGAUCAAGCCUAGACCUCAAAAGUCGAGAUCUCAAAAUUUUAAGGCACAAGGAAAGACGAAAUGUUCUGAGACAAUCCAUUUUAAGGAAGACCAACCCACUCAGAAGUCUCCUGUUGGAGGGGAUUAAUUUGGACAAUACUCUCCUGGAACACUAUGCAGUAUCACUGCCAUGUCUAUUGUAAGAUGGGGGGAGGGGAGGGGAGGGGGG